UCUCAGAAAUGAAGUCCUGCACUUUGGGGGUUGGUAGGAUUGUGUGCAUUUGUGGUAUAGAAUGGGACAUUCUUCUCCCAUCUACUCUGAUGUGAAAAGAUUCUUUUCAUGUUUCAUGGAACUGAUCUAGGCCUUCUGAGAAUUCUCCCCACCAGCUUCUGAUGAGACUAUAGCAAAGUCUAGAAGAAAUAGCAUGGGCUUUGAAGUCAGGGAGUUGUGGGUCCAAUCCUGGUGCUGUCCCUGGUUUCUGUGUAUUCAUCACACAAAGUUGGGCAAGUCACAGUCUCAAUCUUUGAGCCUCAGUUUCCCCACCUAUAUAAUGGAAAUAAGAAUACACGCCUGCUCUGCGGGGUUGGUUGUAAGUAUUAAAUGCAGUUGUAUGCAAGGGCUUAACAUAAGACUGCACUCAAUAAAUUACUUAAUACCUCAGUUACAUUUCUUUAUGCUCCCCGGUAGGGUUCUGUGGAACUCGUGGACACACAGGUAUCUCCUAGGUAUUGUGAGGGGUAAAUAAUGUGAGGGGUAAAUAAUGUGAGCCCAUCGGUACAUCUGAAUUUUCUGCCUUCUCCAGAGAUGAAAGAGAUGAUGUUGCAAGCGGAGUCUCCUUCACUUGUAGAUAGCCGGGGUAGCCCGUGGGGCAAGUCAGCAAUGUCUUACAGAGCUUGUGCCUCCUGGCCCAAAGGCCUGGGGCUGGGCCACGUACUCAGCCCCUGGAUAAGCACACUAGUAUCCCCUUCAGAUGCUAUUCCCCAGUUCGGAGACUCUGAUGAUCUUUUCUAACAGGCUUCACUGAAAACAGAUCCUGCAAGUUCCAGCUGCCUGCACUGGAAACUUGGAGAUCCUGCUUCCUGCUUCCCAGGCCAUAGCUGUGGGGAACUUGGGGUGAAGCAGAGAAGUUUCUGUAUUCAGCUGCCCAGGCAGAGGAGAAUGGGGUCUCCACAGCCUGAAGAAUGAAGACACGACAGAAUAAAGACUCCAUGUCAAUGAGGAGCGGACGGAAGAAAGAGGCCCCUGGGCCCCGGGAAGAACUGAGAUCGAGGGGCCGGGCCUCCCCUGGAGGGGUCAGCACGUCCAGCAGUGAUGGCAAAGCCGAGAAGUCUAGGCAGACAGCCAAGAAGGCCCGCAUCGAGGAAGCCUCCACCCCAAAGGUCAGCAAGCAGGGCCGGACUGAGGAGAUCUCAGAGAGUGAAAGUGAGGAGACCAAUGCACCAAAAAAGACCAAAACUGAGGAGCUCCCUCGGCCACAGUCUCCCUCUGAUCUGGAUAGUUUAGAUGGGCGGAGCCUCAAUGAUGAUGGCAGCAGUGACCCUAGGGAUAUUGACCAGGAUAACCGAAGCACGUCUCCCAGCAUCUACAGCCCUGGAAGCGUGGAGAAUGACUCUGACUCAUCUUCUGGCCUGUCCCAGGGCCCAGCCCGCCCCUACCACCCACCUCCACUCUUUCCUCCCUCCCCUCCACCACCAGACAGCACCCCCCGACAGCCAGAGCCUGGCUUUGAAUCCCACCCUUCUGUGACACCCACUGGAUAUCAUGCUCCCAUGGAGCCCCCCACAUCUCGAAUGUUCCAGGCUCCUCCUGGGGCCCCUCCCCCUCAUCCACAGCUCUACCCUGGGGGCACUGGUGGAGGAGUUUUGUCUGGACCCUCAGUGGGUCCCAAGGGGGGAGGGGCUGCCUCUUCAGUGGGGGCCCCUACUGGGGGUAAACAGCACCCCCCACCCACCACCCCCAUUUCAAUAUCAAGCUCUGGGGCUGGUGGUGCUCCCCCAACGAAGCCCCCUAACACUCCAGUGGGCGGUGGAAACCUACCCUCUGCUCCACCACCAGCCACUUUCCCCCAUGUGACUCCAAACCUGCCUCCCCCACCUGCUCUGAGACCCCUUAACAAUGCCUCAGCCUCUCCUCCUGGCCUGGGGGCCCAGCCACUGCCUGGGCAUCUGCCCUCUCCCCACGCCAUGGGGCCGGGUAUGGGUGGACUUCCUCCUGGCCCAGAAAAGGGCCCCACUCUUGCUCCUUCACCCCAUCCUCUGCCACCUGCUUCCUCCUCUUCUGCCGCAGCCCCCCCAAUGAGGUAUCCAUAUUCGUCCUCUGGUAGCAGCUCUGCAGCAGCCUCCUCUUCCAGUUCUUCGUCCUCUUCCUCUGCUUCCCAGUACCCAGCUUCCCAGGCACUGCCCAGCUAUCCCCACUCCUUCCCUCCCCCGACAAGCCUGUCUGUCUCUAAUCAGCCACCCAAGUAUACUCAGCCUUCCCUGCCAUCCCAGGCUGUGUGGAGCCAGGGUCCCCCCCCACCGCCUCCCUAUGGCCGUCUCCUAGCCAACAGCAAUGCCCACCCAGGCCCCUUCCCUCCUACUGGAGGCCAAUCCACAGGCCACCCACCAGCCCCAACACAUCACCAUCACCACCAGCAACAGCAGCAACAGCAGCAACAGCAGCAGCAGCAGCAGCAACAGCAGCAGCAUGGGAGCUCUGGGCCCCCUCCACCUGGAGCAUAUCCCCACCCCCUGGAGAGCAGCAGCUCCCACCAUGGUCAUCCUUAUGCCAUGUCUCCCUCCCUGGGGUCUCUGAGGCCCUAUCCACCAGGGCCAGCACACCUGCCCCCACCUCACAGCCAGGUGUCCUACAGCCAAGCAGGCCCCAAUGGCCCCCCGGCCUCUUCCUCCUCUUCCAACUCCUCCUCGUCUUCCUCUCAAGGAUCCUACCCAUGUUCACACCCGUCCCCUUCCCAGGGCCCCCAAGGAGCGCCCUACCCCUUCCCACCGGUGCCUCCGGUCACCACCUCCUCGGCUACGCUUUCCACGGUCAUUGCCACAGUGGCUUCCUCGCCAGCAGGCUACAAAACAGCUUCCCCACCUGGGCCCCCGCCGUAUGGAAAGAGAGCCCCGUCCCCAGGGGCCUACAAGACAGCCACCCCACCGGGAUACAAGCCGGGGUCGCCUCCCUCCUUCCGAACAGGGACCCCACCCGGUUACCGAGGCGCCUCGCCGCCCGCGGGCCCAGGGACCUUCAAGCCGGGCUCGCCCACGGUGGGGCCAGGGCCCCUGCCACCUGCCGGGCCCUCAGGCCUGUCAUCCCUGCCACCACCGCCUGCAGCCCCUGCCUCAGGGCCGCCCCUGAACGCCACGCAGAUCAAGCAAGAGCCAGCUGAAGAGUAUGAGACCCCCGAGAGCCCCGUGCCCCCGGCCCGUAGCCCCUCGCCCCCUCCCAAGGUGGUAGACGUGCCCAGCCAUGCCAGCCAGUCAGCCAGGUUCAACAAACACCUGGACCGAGGCUUUAACUCGUGCGCGCGCAGCGACCUGUACUUCGUGCCGCUGGAGGGCUCCAAGCUGGCCAAGAAGCGGGCCGACCUGGUGGAGAAGGUGCGGCGCGAGGCCGAGCAGCGCGCGCGCGAAGAAAAGGAGCGCGAGCGCGAGCGGGAGCGCGAGAAGGAGCGGGAACGCGAGAAGGAGCGUGAGCUGGAACGCAGCGUGAAGUUGGCUCAGGAGGGCCGGGCGCCGGUGGAGUGCCCAUCUCUUGGCCCGGUGCCCCAUCGCCCUCCAUUUGAGCCGGGCAGCGCUGUGGCUACAGUGCCCCCCUACCUGGGUCCUGACACUCCGGCCCUGCGCACGCUCAGUGAAUACGCCCGGCCCCACGUCAUGUCUCCUGGCAAUCGCAACCAUCCGUUCUACGUGCCCCUAGGGGCAGUGGACCCGGGGCUCCUGGGUUACAAUGUCCCAGCCUUGUACAGCAGUGACCCAGCAGCCCGGGAGAGGGAGCGGGAAGCCCGUGAACGAGACCUCCGUGACCGCCUCAAGCCUGGCUUUGAGGUGAAGCCCAGUGAGCUGGAACCCCUACAUGGGGUCCCUGGGCCGGGCCUGGAUCCCUUCCCCCGACAUGGGGGCCUGGCUCUGCAGCCUGGCCCACCCGGCCUGCACCCUUUCCCCUUUCAUCCGAGCCUGGGGCCCCUGGAGAGAGAACGUCUAGCGCUGGCAGCUGGGCCAGCCCUGCGGCCUGACAUGUCCUACGCCGAGCGCCUGGCAGCUGAGAGGCAGCAUGCAGAAAGGGUGGCAGCCCUGGGCAAUGACCCGCUGGCCCGGCUGCAGAUGCUCAAUGUGACCCCCCAUCACCACCAGCACUCCCACAUCCACUCCCACCUGCACCUCCACCAGCAGGAUGCCAUCCAUGCAGCCUCUGCCUCGGUGCACCCUCUCAUUGACCCCCUGGCCUCAGGGUCUCACCUCACCCGGAUCCCCUACCCAGCUGGGACCCUCCCCAACCCCCUUCUUCCCCACCCUCUGCACGAGAACGAAGUUCUUCGCCACCAGCUCUUUGCUGCUCCUUACCGGGACCUGCCAGCCUCCCUCUCUGCCCCAAUGUCAGCAGCUCACCAGCUGCAGGCCAUGCACGCGCAGUCCGCUGAGCUGCAGCGCCUGGCGCUGGAGCAGCAGCAGUGGCUGCACGCCCAUCACCCGCUGCACAGUGUGCCGCUACCUGCCCAGGAGGACUACUACAGUCACCUGAAGAAGGAAAGCGACAAGCCACUGUAGACCCUGCAAUCAAGAAAGCACGCAUGGCCCCUGCAUCUGGACCUUGGAGGCCUCCCUCCCAGACCGCCACCCAGAGCUGAGGAGGGAGGGGUGCUGCUCCUUUGCAGGGUUUCAGCAGCUGGGCAGAGGGAGGGAGGAAGGGACAGACGGAAGGACAAGGCUCCUGUGGUAUGCAGAGGUGGGGAGGUGGCGGGGGUGGGGGCAGAAAGCGCACAGUAUCUUGGACCAGGUCCCCUUUUCCUGUCCUCCUGCUUUCUUCCUCCCCCGUGCCCUACCCGCGGUGGCCACCGCCCCUCCCCCACCCCAUUGGUGUGAUUAUUUCAUCUGUUAGAUGUGGCUGUUUUGCGUAGCAUCGUGUGCUGCCCCCGCCCCUCCCGAGUCCCUGUGCGCGCGCCCCUUCUGCGAUGUAUGCCCCUUGCCCCUCCCCCACAUUAAUAAUUUAUAUAUAUAAAUAUCUAUAUGACGCUCUUUAAAAAAACAUCCCAACCAAAACCAAACAAAAACAUCCUCACGACUCCCCAGGAA